AUGACAGUGACUAAAGAGUACCAAAUCUGCUCCACGAAUAUCAACGGAAAGCUCUACCUUUUUGUUGAUAACCUAGGACUUAACGACCCCGAGAUCUCUAAUGCUGAUAUUCUGCGUGAGAUUGCGAAGCUACUCGAGAUUACCAAGGACUCCGUGACAUAUGCCGAUGUUCUUUAUGUACACCCGGCUACUUUGCAAUUCUCGGGUGAAGCGAAACAGAGCCUACUGUUUCUGAAUGCAUUCUGCGGCCCGUCAUAUUUUCCUUCCAUUACUUUUGUCGUCACCAUGUGGGACCGAAUCAGUCCGAAUAAUAUAGAAGAACAAGACGAGUUGGUGUGCGAAAUGGCAAGGACUAAACGGUCAUCUUUUCUGGACAGGGGAGCGAAUUUAUAUCACCACGGCAGAGUUUACGAAAGGGACAUGGCAACACUUGAGGCCCUCAGUCUCAGUGAAAGCCAGAGGUUCGACAAAGAUACGCGAGAGAAGCAAUUUCACGUUUAA